AUGGAUAAUCUCAGGCAAAGAGUUGGGAAUAUUUCAAUUGUAGCAUUACUCUUUGUUGGAUUUAUUUUCAUUUUUAUUUACAAUGGCUCAUUUUCUUCUUCUUCCAAUCAAUUACUUCAAUCUCACAAGAGUACCAAUAUUAAUGAAGCGUAUAAAGAUGGUCUUGAAACAGCUUUGGGCAAAGCUUCAAAGGGAAAUAACAAAACAUUGAUAAUUGCUUUUGUAAAUAAGGCUUAUGUAGAACAAGAUGUUAAUGAUGAUCCCAUCACCAUGUUUGAUCUAUUUUUAAGUAGCUUUUGGCUUGGACAAGAAACGAGGUCUUUGAUCGAUAAUCUUCUCAUCGUUGCCGUUGAUCGAACGGCUUACGAUCGAUGCAUGUUUUUGAGGUUGAAUUGUUUUAGAUUGGAAACUGAUGGAGUUGAUUUUGAAGGUGAAAAACUCUACAUGUCUCAAGAUUUUAUCAUGAUGAUGUGGACAAGAACGUUUUUUCUUUUGCAAGUUCUAAAACGUCAUUACAACUUCAUUUUCACCGACAGUGAUGUAAUGUGGUUAAGAAAUCCAUUUAAAAAGUUGAGCAUGAAAAGAGAUGAAGACAUCCAAAUUAGCACAGACGAAUAUAAUGGUGAUCCUUGGUCAGAAAAUAAUAAAAUAAAUACUGGAUUUUAUUUUGUGAGAUCGAAUAAUAAGACCAUAUCAUUGUUUGAAACAUGGUACAAAAACAAAGACAAUUCCACCGAAAAAAAGGAGCAAGAUGUGCUUCAAGACCUAAUUAAAGGUGGUAUAUUUAAACAUUUGAAACUCAAGGUUAGAUUCUUGGAUACCCUCUAUUUUAGUGGAUUUUGUCAGGAUAGUAAAGAUUUUAGAGUUGUAACCACUGUUCAUGCUAAUUGUUGUCGAAGCAUCAUUGCAAAGGUGACUGAUUUAAAGACAACCCUUCGUGAUUGGAAGCAAUUUAAGAAGUUAGAGGUUAAUUCUACCACAAAUAUUCAUUGGUCAAGUCAUAAGAAGUGUUUGCAAUCUUGGAAAUCAUAA